UUUUCCGGAAGUGGACCUCCCUUCUUCCUUUUCCCGAAGAUCUCAACACGCUGGUAGCGUGUUCUCCUGGCUCACCGCUGUUCGCCUGAAUUUCUUCCGAAUAAGUCGGUCAGGAAUCAUUAAAAUGGCCUUUAAGGACACCGGAAAGGCACCUGUUGAGACCGAGGUCGCCAUCCACCGCAUCCGGAUCACCCUCACCAGCCGCAAUGUCAAGUCUCUGGAGAAAGUUUGUGCAGAUCUGAUCCGUGGGGCGAAGGAGAAGAACCUGAAGGUGAAGGGCCCGGUCCGGAUGCCCACCAAGACUCUGCGCAUCACCACCAGGAAGACUCCCUGUGGCGAAGGCUCUAAAACCUGGGAUCGUUUCCAGAUGAGGAUCCAUAAACGCCUGAUUGAUCUGCACAGCCCAUCUGAGAUCGUCAAGCAGAUCACGUCCAUCAGCAUCGAGCCGGGCGUGGAGGUGGAGGUCACCAUCGCUGAUGCAUAAACAGCAGUUUCUAAUAAAGAGAAAAAGAAACCUG